CCGGGGCGGGCGGCGGGGCCGGUUGGUCGGGGCUCUCAGGGAUGGAGACCGCGCCCGGGAGAGCCCCGCCGUCCUCCACCGUGGCGUUGAGGCUGGCGUUGGCGGCUCCGGGCCUGCCCGACGGUCCCUUCGGCUGCCCCAUCUGCCUCGACCUCCUGAAGGACCCGGUGACGGUGCCGUGCGGGCACAACUUCUGCCAGGGCUGCCUUGGGGCGCUGCGCCAGCGGCCGGGCCCCCCCGACGGCAGCGGCGGGGCGGGUGGGGCCGCCCGCUGCCCGCUCUGCCAGGAGCCCGUCCCCGCGGCCUUACGGCUCCGCAAAAACCGCGCCCUUUGCGAGGUGCUGCCGCUGCUGGCGGCCGCCGCCGGUUCGUCCCCUCCGUCCCCAGUCGCCGGAGCCCCGAUGGCACCGGGAGCCGAGGAGGAGGAUGCGGCGGGGGAGGAAGGAGCGGCGGUGCUGUGCGACGUGUGCCCGGCGGGGUCGCGGGUGGCGGCGGCCCAGUCGUGCCUGGUGUGCCUGGCUUCCUUCUGCCGAGCCCACCUGGAGCCCCACCGCCGCGCCCCCGCCUUCCGCGCCCACCGCCUGGUCCCCCCGCUGCGGCGGCUGGAGGAGGGUCUCUGUCCCCGCCACCUCCAGCCCUUCGACGGCUUUUGCCGCGCCGAGCAAACCUGCGUCUGCGCCCGCUGCCGCGCCCACGAGCAUCGCGCCCACGACGUGGUGCCCCUCGAGCAGGAGCGAGAGCACAAGGAGGCCCAACAAGCUAAAUUCCUCAGCGAUGUGGAUAACGAGCUGGAGGAACUGGCAGUCACCAUCGCGCAGGCCAAAAAGAUGGUGGAGCUCGUUAAGGGCGCUGCCAUGAAGGAGAGGGAAGGAGUCGAGAAGCUCUUUGCAGAAGCCUCCGAGGUCCUGGCGACCUUCCAGAAGGAGGUGGCCAGCUUCAUUGAGGAUGGGGAGCGCUCCAUGCUGGGAGAGGCUGAGGCUGAUCUCCGCUGGAAGGAGGAGAGACGAGCCAACCUUGCCCAGUGCAAGCAAAACCUGGAGAACGUCCCCAGCACUGACACCGUCUACUUCCUUCAGGAAUUUCAGGCCUUAAAAGUAGCCAUGGAAGAAAAUCUUUCCCCGGCUGUGAACUUCCAGAAUGAGCUGAACUUCACCAAGUGCACCCAAGCUGUGAGCGCCAUGAAGGAUGUGCUGUCUGCUGCCUGCAAAAAACAGUGGGAUCACUUGCAGGGAAAAGGAAUUGAUGGGCUGGAUUUCCAGGAGAUGGAGGAAGCGUUGGCCAAGUCCCAGGCUCCAGACAACUCAAACAAUCCCACCUGCCGGGAGAGCCGUGAUUACUUCCUGAAAUUUGCCUUCAUCAUUGACCUGGACAGCGACACAGCUGACAAGUUCAUCCAGCUGUUUGGCACCAAAGGGGCCAAGCGGGUGCUGUGCCCCAUCCCCUAUCCGGAGAGCCUGAUGCGGUUCAUCAACUGCGAGCAGGUGCUGGGUGUGAACCUCAUGAACCGGGGCAACUACUACUGGGAGGUGGAGCUCAUCGACGGCUGGGUCAGCAUCGGCGUCAUCACCGAGGACUUCAACCCCCAGGAGUCCUACAACUACGGGCGCCUGGGGCGGAAUGAGAAAUCCUGCUGCCUGCAGUGGAACGGACAGAACUACGUGGCCUGGUUUGGAGGCCUUCAGUCUGUCAUCCAGCAGCCAUUCUUCCACACAAUUGGGGUCUUCCUGGAGUAUUCAGAGAAGGCACUGACCUUCUAUGGAGUCAAGGACUCCAAGAUGACCUGCCUGCAGCAGCUCAAGGUCUCCCAUCUUGCCAAGGGUCAGUUUGACCCGUUCCAGAACAAGAUCAACAACAAAUUCACUUCUCUUUUCUUUCACAAGCUGAAACCAGCCUUCUUCCUGGAAAGCGUUGAUGCCCACCUGCAGAUUGGGCCACUGAAGAAAGAUUGUGUUUCGGUGCUAAAGCGUAGGUAACUGCCCAGAGAGCGGGAGCAUGGGAAGACCCAGAAAAGUCUCUCCUGCAGUGUAUUGUCACCGUCACAGCUUCUCUUUGGUAGCGUUUUCUUUCUCUGUGGCAGCCCUUCCUCCUCGCCCUGUGCUGUUGGUGACCCAGGGGUGGAUGAAGCUGUCUGGUGGGCAGAGCUGUGGGCUGGGAGCUGGAUCCGAGUGCUGGCUCUGCUGCUGGGCUGCUGAGUGAACUUGGGCGAGUCUCUGUACUGCUCCCUGCCCCUCAGUUUCCCUUUCUGGACAUCAGGGACCAUGAUACAGCCUUUCUUGGUAAAGCGUAUUGCUCAGGAGAAGUGCCACAUAGAUUUGAAGCUGUAUGUUGGCCAGCUUCCAGGCUGCCUGGUCCCUCUCCUUAAUAUCUGCUUGCACUGCCCUGGUGACUUGCGCAGAUGUUCUGCUUUGUGCCUUAUCUCGGUCUCUGUGUCACUGCUGCUUUUUUAAGCGCAGGCUCAUCGAUGCCUUCUUCGUGCUCCUUAUGAAGUGCCUUUGAAGUAGCAAGCCCAGCAUGGACCGGGCGAACCCCAAGGCGGGUGCGGUCACUUCCCCAGUGCCCACAUCACCAUCGUGCCUUGGCGUGGGUGAGCAGGGUGCUCCGGGGCGGGUGGGAUGCAGAGGAGCAGUGAGGUGGGGUGCAGGGGCGACACUGCGGUGACAGAGUACCUCUCCUUGCAGGGCUGACCACCCAUUAGUUCUGCAAACGUGAAACAAGUAUUUUUGCCCUCAUGCUGCGGCCACUGGGUAUUUUGAACACUGGUCUGUGGCCAGGCUCAUUUGAGAAAAGCCAUGGUCCCACAUAUGUUAGAGCCCUGUGGCUGCAGGGCUGCUCCCCACCACAGGCAAAAAUCCCAGCAGGGAAAGGGGAGAAACCUCCUGUCAAGAAGCAGCAGCACCAUUCCUGCCUUGAGAUGGUGAAGCAAGCAGCACAAAAUCAUUUAGAGGAUGUUUUUUAGAAAACAUGUUCCUUGGGAACUGCUUACAGAAACUUUACAGUCAAAUUUCCCCCUACAUUUUUGAUGACCCUAGUAUUUUAGGGGAUUUUAAUACUGUUAAACUCCCAACUCUUAAAUUACCCUGGGCACACUUGAGCUGUAAAUGUACCCCUUAGCUUAGAGAGUUUUUUAAGUGACAAAGAGGUGCUGUGAAUAUGUCCCAGGGGCAUAUGGUCUGUUCUAGGGACACUAUAAAAGGUACAGCAUCAGUCAGUAAUGAAAUAACCCUUUAGACCCUGGCAAUAAGUAACAAUUAACAAAAACUACUCUCAAGCAACUGUCCCCUCCAGGAAAGGUGGAAACUUGAGGCUGAGAGCCAAAAAUGCUAGUUCACGUGUCCUAAGGGAGCUUUUUCAGAAGAAAAAUACAGCCUGCAAGGGCGGCACAGUACAGCCCCUGUCUCAGCGCACCACGUCUUUCCACAGGUUUAUUUUUUCUGGGAUUAGUUUGCUACCUACCUCCCCUGAAACUUGCUUUACAGAAUCGUAGUGCUCUGUAAUAUAUACGUAAAGAGAAAAUAAAGAGCUCAGGUUCUUCACUGGCAUGAGUGAGUCAGUGAUGACGCAUCAACGGUCAACAGGAAUAGAAAAUGGCCCAUUUAGCUAAAUAUAUGAAAUAUACAUAUAUUCCCCAAAGGAUAAGUUGAAAACCAUAGUGGUAUAUUCAAGUGGAGCCAAGGGAAAAAAGUGAAUGUGAAUAAAAAGGCAGCCACAAAGCCAAGAGGUUUAAAGUUAAAGCCACGUUUACAUAAACACUGAGGCUUAAAGAGCUCCUUUACUGUAACUUGUUUGCCAGCACUAUGAAUUCCUACUGGUGUGGGAAGAGGUGCUGGACCCCAGAAACAGCUGUCGCUGUGGGCUCUCACUUGAGGGGCUGAAGGGUCCAAAUGCAGCCGCCCCCUCCCCAGGGCAGGGCUGGUGAGUUCGUCUGGGAGGGGGACCGCUGGGAUGUGUCUGCAAAUCCCUUCUCCUCCCCCCCGCUCCGCGUGCUGCAAUUCCUAAAAUGCUGCAGAGGUGGGAAAAGGAGAGGUAGAGCUGCCAGUGUGAAAUCUUCAGAAGAAAUCUUGGCCUUUCCUGGCUGGUGGGAAUACUGCCUAGACUUCUGUCCAGAUGGGAAUUCACACCCCAUGUCCUGAACUCCUACCUCAAAACUGCUUUGUUUGGCUCGUGCCCGUCGCUCUCCUGCAAAACUCAGCCUUUGCACGAGAUGUCAGCGGUGACACAGUGCAGGCAUCGCUGCUGUUUUGCUAACACCAGAGAGGACUUGGUAUCAGAAAUGCGUUACCAGAUAACAAAGGCAAAGACGUGCAACAGCUCGUGCGUGGUCACGUCCCAGGAGGAAGAGGAAGGUAACCUGGAUCUCUGCUGCGUGCCUGCAGGAAGAGAUCUCACAUGCAGGCUGCCAUCUCUUCUCUCUCCAAGCCCUAAAUCUCAUUUAUUCAGGCAAAGCUCCCACCAUUUGCAGCAAGGAGUUUUGCCAGAGUAAAUACAGCAGAUCUGGGCCUUUGCCCCAUUUCAUUUCACCGUAGGCGGAUUGACUGCUCCGCGGGGAAACCCAGGCUCGAGCCACACAUCCCUCCCUUCUCCAUGUUGCCCAAUGCACAGAUGCAAAUCUCUGAACUCCUUCAGGGUUUGGGGUGGUUUGGAAGGAUCCUACAUCUUUCCCUUUACAUCCUGUAACUUUAUGGGAGCAGCUCAGGAGGACACGCCUGGUGUUUGGGCUUUGCUUCUGCUUGUGCCGCUGCUUUUGCUUAAUUCACCUCUGCCCCGAGAGCUGGGAUGCUGAUACACAGCUUUACGGUGCGUUUUGAGGCCUCUUAUAGACACAGUGCAGUUGGGAAGUGCUGCCCAACCCUCUUCUUCCUGCUGCUUGCUUUUAUCCUGGUUGGAAGCUCUAUAAAUCUUCAUGGUUUGGGGCAUAAAGCAAAUCCCAACUGAUUUAAGACGGGAGCAGUCCCCCCAGGGUGCUGGAUCAGAGUUUGCUCUUUGUUGCCAAUAAUUUGGGGUGUAAACUGGAAUGAUUAGGAAAUGUGCACUAUGCCAGCUCUGGAUUGCUGAUUUUGCUACAAACAAAGGGCUAAAUGUGAUGUGUGAUGAGUUUAGAUGGAUAGAUAGCACUUGGCAAUUUAAACAGCCUUCUCGUGUUCCCAUGAUUUAUUUCUGCUGUCACAGAGUGUUCCUCUUUUUAAUUAGGAUUUUAAAAAUAUAGUUACUGUAGAGUAUUUUACAGUGUGUGAAAAAACUGUAACAGAAUAAUAUAAUGAUGUUAGACUAUGAUUUACCAUUAAAUAUUACA